AUGAUAACAUUUAUGGAAGCAAAAGAGAAAUUGAAAGAGGAGGCUGGCAAGUGCUUAGAUUCUCAGUUAUGGCAUGCCUGCGCCGGUGGCAUGGUCCAAAUGCCGGCAGUGAAUUCUAAGGUCUUCUACUUCCCUCAAGGCCAUGCCGAGCAUGCGUGUGAGCCUGUUGAUUUCAGGAACUCUCCCUAUGUUUCUCAUACUCUAUGCAGAGUCUUGGCUGUCAAAUUCAUGGCUGAUCCUGAAACUGACGAGGUCUUUGCUAAAAUUAGGUUGGUUCCAAUUAAUUCUAAUGAACUCGAUUUGGAUGACCAAGAAGUUGCAGUUAAUGGUGGAGUGGAGGCCGCACAAGACAAUAAUAAGCCGGUUUCUUUUGCCAAGACACUGACUCAAUCUGAUGCAAAUAAUGGUGGAGGUUUCUCCGUGCCAAGGUACUGCGCUGAGAUGAUUUUUCCACGUUUGGAUUACACAGCAGAUCCACCUGUGCAGACCCUUCUUGCUAAGGAUGUUCACGGUGAGACAUGGAAGUUCAGGCAUAUCUAUAGAGGGACACCGAGAAGGCAUCUUUUGACAACUGGAUGGAGCCCAUUUGUGAAUCAUAAGAAGCUUGUUGCUGGUGAUUCUGUUGUAUUUUUGAGGGCGGAGAAUGGAGAUCUUUGCGUUGGUGUUCGAAGAGCUAAGAGGGCGAUUGGUGGUGGACCUGAAUCCUUGUGGAAUCCGGCUGGUGGGAAUUCUGCAGUGCCUUAUGGGGGUUUUAGCGCGUUCUUAAGGGAAGAUGAGCAUAAGUUGAUGAGAAAUGGAAGUGGCAAUGGCAAUGGUUUGAAGUCAAAUGAAAGUUUGAUGGGGCGAGGGAAAGUAAGGGCUGAAUCGGUUAUUCAAGCUGUUACUCUUGCUGCAAAUGGACUGCCUUUUGAGGUGGUUUACUACCCUCGAGCCAAUACUCCUGAGUUCUGUGUGAAGGCCUCGUUGGUAAAAACAGCAAUGCAGAUCCAGUGGUGUUCAGGGAUGCGGUUCAAGAUGGCCUUUGAAACUGAGGACUCUUCCCGGAUUAGUUGGUUCAUGGGAACUGUUUGUUCUGUUCAGGUUGCUGAUCCUCUUUGUUGGCCUGAUUCACCAUGGAGACUUCUCCAGGUUACAUGGGAUGAGCCUGAUUUGCUUCAAAAUGUGAAACGUGUUAGCCCAUGGCUAGUGGAAUUGGCAUCAAAUAUGUCUGCCAUCCAUUUUUCCCCCUUCUCAUCACCAAGGAAGAAGUUGAGACUUCCGCAACACCCGGAUUUUCCCAUUGACGGUCAAUUUCCCAUGACGAUAUUUUCCGGCAACCUCCUUGGGCCCAGCAGUACCUUUGGUUGUCUAUCUGACAACACUCCUGCUGGCAUGCAGGGAGCCAGGCAUGCUCAUUAUGGUCUACCAUUAUCAGAUUUCCACCUCAAUAAACUGCAUACAGGUCUACUUCGGGCUGGUUUCCCUCCACCGCUUGAUCAUACUGCUUCACUCCCUAAACCCUCAAAUGUCCAAGCCAUUCAAAAGCCUAGCGUGAGUGAGGAUGUUUCUUGUGAGCUGACCAUGGCGCAUUCUUGCCAGACUUCAAAGAAAGCUGAUGAUGUGAAGAUACCUCAGCUUAUACUUUUUGGUCAACCAAUACUUGCUGAGCAGCAGACCUCUUUUAGCUUCUCUGGUAAUGCUGCCUCAACUGUUCUUACUGGAAAUAGUUCUUCUGAAGGAAAUUUAGAUAAGAUGGCAAAUUUUUCUGAGGGCUCUGUGUCCACUUUUCAUCACCAAGGCCGACCAGAGCGCUCCUUGUGUGAAGGAUUGCAAUGGAAUAGGGACAACCACCAAAAGAGUCAGCUAUCCUUAGAGACUGGUCACUGUAAAGUUUUCCUGGAAUCAGAAGAUAUAGGUCGCACGCUUGACCUUGCAUUGCUUGGAUCUUACGAGGAGUUGUAUAGAAAGCUGGCUGACAUGUUUGGCCUAAGGAAUUCUGAGAAAUUUGGCAAUUUGGUUUAUCGUGAUGUUAAUGGCAUUACCAAACACAUUGGCGAGGAACCAUUCAGUGACUUCUCCAAAACAGCAAGGAGGCUGACAAUUGUAACAGAUUCAAGAAGUGAUAAUGUAGGAAUGUGCAGGAAGAAAUAA